CGCUUUGCCACUUUGUCAGUCAUUAGAGAGACAAGAUGGAGCUCAGUCCACUGCCUGUGAUACUCUUGCUGGUUUCACUUUUACCAGUGGCUCACGCUCAAGCAAAACCCAAACCAACUUUGAGAUCAUUUCCUUGGAGCCUCAUCAAUGGUGAAGACACCAUCACUCUGAGCUGUGAGCUGCAGGACUGGACUGGAUGGGAGUUCUUCUGGUACAGAAAUUCACAUAUACUGAGCAAUGUAGCGACGGAUACCAACACAUUCAGUGUGAAUGUCAUUAAUGCAGGAGAAACAGUGUAUCAGUGUUCAGCACGCUGGAGAAGUGACCACAGAUACUACACAGAGCUCAGUGAUCCUGUCAAGAUCACAGCAAAAGAAAAACCCAAACUGACUUUGAAAGUGAAUCCUCAGAGCUCCAUCUACACUGGAGACACCAUCACUCUGAGCUGUGAGCUGCAGGGGACUGGAUGGGAGUUUUUCUGGUACAGAAACUCACAGCUUGAGAGGAAUGAACUCAGAUAUUCCAACACACUCAGUGUAAGAGUUGAUUACGCAGGAGAAACAGUGUAUCAGUGUCGUGCAAGCAAGAAAAUCUACAACAUCUAUAACAACUACAACUACGUCUACACAAGACUCAGUGAUUCUGUCACCAUUACAGCAAAAGAAAGACCCAAACCAGUGGCAUCUAUAAAUCCUGAUAAACAGGUGUUCAGUGGAGACACUGUCACUCUGAGAUGUGAGAUACAGGAUGAAAGUGUAUCUAGGUGGCAGUACAGCUGGUAUAAAGAUGCUUCACUCAGUCCUGUCAGUAGUGUACAGAUGUACACAAUCAGUAGUGUUGAAGUGACACACACAGGUAAAUACACCUGUAAAGGAAGAGAGAGUGGAGGCUCACGUUCCUCACACCUCAGUGAUGCUGUUACACUGACUGUAUCAGUGAAACCCAAACCAGUGGCAUCUAUAAAUCCUGAUAAACAGGUGUUCAGUGGAGACACUGUCACUCUGAGAUGUGAGAUACAGGAUGAAAGUGUAUCUAGGUGGCAGUACAGCUGGUAUAAAGAUGCUUCACUCAGUCCUGUCAGUAGUGUACAGAUGUACAGAAUCAGUAGUGUUGAAGUGACACACACAGGUAAAUACACCUGUAAAGGAAGAGAGAGUGGAGGCUCACGUUCCUCACACCUCAGUGAUGCUGUUACACUGACUGUAUCAGAGAGACCACAGGCAGUACUGAGUGUAUCUCCACGGAACUGGCUGACUGAAGGAGACUCAGUGACUCGAAGCUGUGAGGUUACAGACUCCUCUACACACUGGACAUUCAGCUGGUACACAGUUGUUCCCUACAGAGACGGUGUAACUGCAAUACAAAAUACUCAAGGCUUUAUCGUGUAUGUGGAGCUUCUUUUAGACAGCAGCAGAGGAUGUGGAGGCUCCUACACUCUCAGUCCUUCUGCUCUUCAUCACACAGGAGUUUAUGUGUGUAGAGGAAAGAGAGGAGAACCAGCCUUUUACACACUGUACAGCAAUCCACAGCCUCUAUGGAUCUCUGGUGAAUCUCCUCCAGCGUCUCUGAUCAUCAGUCCCAGCAGAACUCAACACUUUACUCGUGACUCUCUCUCACUGAGCUGUGAGGACCAGAGUAACUCUACUGGAUGGACAGUGAGACGAUACACAGACAGUGAAGAAGUGUUAGAUUGUUCACGGUGGAGAUUAGUUACAGGAUCUACAUGUUACAUCAGAUUCCUCUCCACAUCCUACACUGGAGUUUACUGGUGUGAGUCUGAAUCUGGAGAAAACAGUAAUCCUGUCAACAUCACAGUUCAUGGUGGUGAUGUGAUUCUGGAGAGUCCUGUCCAUCCUGUGACUGAGGGACAUCCUCUGACUCUACACUGUUUAUAUCGUAACGCAAAUCCCUCGAACCUACGAGCUGAUUUCUAUAAAGAUGGAUCAGUCAUCCAGAACCAGACUACAGGAGAGAUGAUCAUCCAUAAAGUCUCAAAGUCAGAUGAAGGUUUCUACCACUGUAAACACCCAGAGAGAGGAGAGUCACUGAGAAGCUGGAUCUCAGUCAGACGCUCUGUCUCAAUCUCAGGUUCUAGACCCAGUGGUGAAACAGUGGGAGUGGCUGUGGGACUGAGUUUGUCCUUUUUGUUCAUCAUUUUGAUGAUAUUAAUGAUCCUGCUGUGGUUCUACAAAUUGAAGAAAGAAAAGCAGCAGAAAUCCAGUCAGAUAUCAGAGCAGAAUCAGAGGCGAUCAGGAGCUGAAGACUCUCAGUCAGGACACAAACCACUUCAGACUGGUGAAGCUGCAGCUCAGAGCAGUGAAGACACUUACACACAGGUCAUGAAGAAGAAGAAGAGAAGCAGGAAGAAUGGUGCUGAUGCUCAACUCGGCAUGAAUGAUGUGACUUACGCUGAGGUUCAACUAAAACCUAUGAAAAAAGUGAAGAGAGCACAAGAAAAGAACAGAGUUGGUGAUGAUACUGUUUACUCAGAGCUGGAUCAUAACAUGAAGUGAGCUGUGUGUCUCUCUACACUGAUGAAGCUACAGACAUCAGCGUGAGAGCUGGAAAACUCUGAGUUGUGUUUGUCUUCUGUUUUUCAUAAAAUUUUCAGAUGCUAAAUGUUUCAAAUUCUUUAAUCUAAACUUGGAUGAUGCCUAAACCUGGAAGCUGUUCUGUGAACUUGCUCACAUCAACCAUUCCCACAAUAUCAGAAUGUUCCUGGAGAUUUGUGUAAACCACAGAGGUUUAAAAGAAGGUUUAAGUCAUUCUAAAGAGUUUAAUGAUCUACCAAACCACCAGCUGGAUUUUAUGCACUGAUUAGGAUGAGUUUUGAGGAGAAUUAGACCUGCUGAAAAGUCACAUGAAACCAGACACUGUGACUAAAAUAAUAUUGCUGCAGUGAUUUAUUACAAAUGUUUAUCUUACGUUUGCAUUUGAAUGGUUGAUCUACAGUAUCUGUGCUUCCAGUUCAUCCAGAAUGGUGGAAUGGAACAACAGUAAAGAUCAGUUCAGAUCUGAACAGUUCAGUACACAGGCAAAAAAUCCACAUGUGUCUAAUUCAAUUUUACAGCUUUGCAGAAUAAAAUACGAAUUAAAUUUAUAUGAACAGAAUCUUCUCUUGGAUUAGUAACUUCAGCUUGUAUUAUGAAGACUCUAGUAAAUGCAUUAAGAAAUUUGAAUGUCUCAAACUUGAACAGUGUUUCAAAGAACAUCAGGAAUGCA